AUGGCUCCUCAAUCGUCCACUCCUCCGUCACUCCCUCCAUCCGUCGAGGAGGCUUACCGUCGCAAAUGCGUGCAGCUCAAGAACCGGACCAACGAGGUCGAAGAUGCAAACGAUGCCGCUAGACUGCGUCUGGCAAGAAUAAAAAGACAAGUCGAGAAGCUCCGAAUAGAGAGAGCCUUCCUGCUGGAGCAGCUCUCUAGGCGCACCAGCGCCAAUGUCGAGGACUCCGAGGGUAGCCCCAGUCCGCCACCAACGCCCAAGGACAAGCCGUUGCGGAUCAAGAGAGGCCAUAGAAAGUCGGCCCUUUUGGACAUGGAUUCCAAAGCCACCCCCAACAGCUCCUUCAAAGGACCUGCGUCGCCGUCAGACUUGCAAGCCAAAGGCCACGCUUCCGACAGAACCUCGACUAAUGGCGUCCGCAAACCAUCCAAGAAUCAGAACCCCAAGAGCGCCUUCGAGCUUUACUGCCUCGAUGCGCGGCCUGCCCUCGAGGAAAAUAACAGGGACGAUGAAUGUGACAUUGACGUUGACGAGGAACUAGCCCGCGCGUGGGCGGACCUCCCCUCGGCCGAGAAGGGGGAGAUUCAGACCAGGUUCGAGGAGCUGUCCAAGAAGCCUGAUGAUGGGGACGACAACGACGAUGAUGAAAAGGACAAGCCGGACAAGGAUCUUGUUGACCAGACUCCCGAGAAGGAGGGCAAACCUGGUGGCAAAACCGACACGCAGGAUGAAGAUGUCGAGAUGACCAACUACGAUACCGAGGAUCAGGAUGGAGAAACGCAGAUGGACAAGGACGGCGACGACUAG